AUGAAGAAAUAUAUUAAUAACAGAACCAAGUCUAAUUUUGAGAAAUCAAGUAUUUUGUCAGAUUCCUGUAUGUUCUCAAAGGAGAUGGUAAACAUAAACCCCAAACCUUUCUCGUCUUCUGAAUGUGAGAAAUCUUUUGUCACAAAUGCAGAGCUCGUCUGUCAUCAGAGCACUCACACAGGAGAGAAACCGUUCACAUGUUCUGAAUGUGGGAAAUGUUUUGUUAUCAAAGCGCAGCUUGUUCAUCAUCAGAGUACUCACACAGGAGAGAAACCGUUCUCAUGUUCUGAAUGUGGAAAAUGUUUUCGACAACGUUCAAAUCUUGUCAGUCAUCAGAGAACUCACACAGGAGAGAAACCGUUCACAUGUUCUGAAUGUGGAAAAUGUUUUGUCACAAAAGCAGAGCUCAUCUGUCAUCAGAGAACUCACACAGGAGAGAAACCGUUCUCAUGUUCUGAAUGUGGAAAAUGUUUUAGGCGACAAUCACAACUUGUCAUUCAUCAGAGAACACACACAGGAGAGAAACCGUUCUCAUGUUCUGAAUGUGGAAAAUGUUUUCGACAACGUUCAAAUCUUGUCAGUCAUCAGAGAACUCACACAGGAGAGAAACCGUUCACAUGUUCUGAAUGUGGAAAAUGUUUUGUCACAAAAGCAGAGCUCAUCUGUCAUCAGAGAACUCACACAGGAGAGAAACCGUUCUCAUGUUCUGAAUGUGGAAAAUGUUUUGGGCGACAAUCACAACUUGUCAUUCAUCAGAGAACACACACAGGAGAGAAACCGUUCACAUGUUCUGAAUGUGGAAAAUGUUUUGUCAUCAAAGCGCAGCUUGUUCAUCAUCGGAGAACUCACACAGGAGAGAAACCAUUCUCGUGUUCUGAAUGUGGAAAAUUUUUUGCCAGUAAAGCAGGGUUUGUCUGUCAUCAGAGAACUCACACAGGAGAGAAACCAUUCUUGUGUUCUGAAUGUGGAAAAUGUUUUGGGCAACAUUCACAUCUUGUCAGUCAUCAGAGAACACACACAGGAGAGAAACCGUUCUCAUGUUCUGAAUGUGGAAAAUGUUUUCGGCACCAUUCACAUCUUGUCCGUCAUCAGAGAACACACACAGGAGAGAAACCGUUCACAUGUUCUGAAUGUAGAAAAUGCUUUGUCACAAAUGCAGAGCUUGUCUGUCAUCAGAGAACUCACCCAGGAGAGAAAUCGUUCUCAUGUUCUGAAUGUGGAAAAUGUUUUGGGCGACAAUCACAACUUGUCAUUCAUCAGAGAACACACACAGGAGAGAAACUGUUCUCAUGUACUGAAUGUGGGAAAUGUUUUGCCAGUAAAGCAGGGUCUGUCUGUCAUCAAAGAACUCACACAGGAGAGAAACCGUUCUCAUGUACUGAAUGUGGAAAAUGUUUUGGGCGACAAUCACAACUUGUCAUUCAUCAGAGAACACACACAGGAGAGAAACCGUUCUCAUGUUCUGAAUGUGGAAAAUGUUUUGGGCGACAAUCACAACUUGUCAUUCAUCAGAGAACACACACAGGAGAGAAACCGUUCUCAUGUUCUGAAUGUGGAAAUAGUUUUAGGCAACACUCAAAUCUUGUCCGUCAUCAGAGAACUCACACAGGAGAGAAACCGUUUUCAUGUUCUGAAUGUAAAAAAUGUUUUGUCAUCAAUUCAAAGCUUGUUCAGCAUCAGAGAACUCACACAGGAGAGAAACCGUUCUCAUGUUCUGAAUGUGGAAAUAGUUUUGGGCAACAUUCAAAUCUUGUCCGUCAUCAGAGAACUCACACAGGAGAGAAACCGUUUUCAUGUUCUGAAUGUAAAAAAUGUUUUGUCAUCAAUUCGCAGCUUGUUCAGCAUCAGAGAACUCACACAGGAGAGAAACCGUUCUCAUGUUCUGAAUGUGGAAAAUGUUUUCGGCAUGAUUCAAAUCUUGUCCGUCAUCAGAGAACUCACACAGGAGAGAAACCGUUCUCAUGUUCUGAAUGUGGAAAUAGUUUUGGGCAACAUUCAAAUCUUGUCCGUCAUCAGAGAACUCACACAGGAGAGAAUCCUUUCUUAUGUAGUAAAUGUGGGAAAUGUUUUGCCAGUAAAUCAGAGCUUGUCUGUCAUCAAAGAACUCACACAGGUGAGGUGAUUUUAUAAUGCAUCUAUAGAUUAACAUAAGAAUAAAAUAUCUUGCAUUGUGAUUU